CCCCACCCUUUCCAAAAAUUAAAAAACCAAACAACGAUAAAAAAGAUGGAGAAUGGCUCCGCAAGCAUGAGGAGCGAGAUCGUCAAGAAAAGAAGCAGGAGCUGAGUUCCAACUGAUGAAAUUGAAGGUUUUACUGCUUUAUCUGCGACAGCUUUGAGAGUGCGAGAGCUCACCACGUUUCGAAUUUCGAUAUUUUGAGCUCGAUUCAACACACCAUUCCCAAUUUCAAAACAUGGGUGCUUCAGAGUCUACUCUACAAGCACCGGGUGACAAAAUCACCACCGUAACUGAGCGAUCCGCAGCCUCUGACCCCAUCUUGGACAAGCUCAAAUCCCUCAAACUGACAUCGCCCAUUCUAACGUCUCCCCCAACAGAGGGUACCUUGACUGAGAUCUUGGUGAGAAGGCCUUCCUCCUCAGUUCCAGCUAUAGUGAAUCCAAAGGUUAUACUGGAGCUCUUCUCAAUCUAUCGUGAGUGGCAAGAGGAAAAGGCUGAAAAAAUCAGCAAAAGACAGGAGGAGAUAGAAAACAAAAUAGAAGUCGCAGAUGCUCUGGCAAUCAAACUUCUUCAGAGAUAUAACUACUCCAUGUCCACAAUGAGGACUACUUCACAGCAUCUAUCGGGAGUUCAUUCACUUCAGGUGGAAAUUGGUGAGCUCAAAGGAAGGUUGACUGAAGUUAUCAAUAACUGCGACGCAUUGUGCAAGAGGAUUGCAGCAGAGGGCCCAGAAUCUCUCCGAUCUUCUGUCAAGCCCUUCGCAUUUUCUACAGUUGACAAAGAUAAAAACUUAGCCUCACCCUCUAGUUUGCCAACAGUUUCAGAAACAAAUUCACCUUCUACUGAUGCAUAGUUAGAUCAACAGGUUUGGUUCUUGUCCAUAUAUUCAGAGGGCUCCAUGCUUGUUAUUGAAUCUGAGGUAGUUUGGAACUUGAAGGGAUCACAUUCACAUGGUCGUCUAUUAAUAUUGUGUAUAGAGGUUUUCAUUUAAUUGAGAUCUAAUACGUGGCAACCUUUGGAGCUUUCCAGCGAUGUUACAAUGCUUCAACAAAGGGAGAUUUGUUCCCUAUCACUGACAUGACAUGUGCAGUCUUUUUUUCGGAGGAAAAAAGAGGAGAAAAAAUAAAGAGAAGAGGGGGGGGGGGGGGGGGGGGGUGUUGAGGUGUUGGUUUCGAUUGCUAAAUUGAGACUGUGUUGAUUCAAACAAUGAGACGUGAUAUCAACGUUUUCGUCCAUUGGCUAGGGAUUUAAAAUAUCGUUUUUGACAUCAACUGUUUUAAGAUGCUUGUUAGUUUUUUUUUAUAAGUAAUUUUACACAAAAUUCAUGUAUUCUUAUGCACUCAUUACAGAGAAAACAGAGAAAAAGAAAACCUUAAAA